AUGUUGAACGCUCAGGGUGUGAACAAUGGUAUGUUGAACGCUCAGGGUGUGAACAAUGGUAUGUUGAACGCUCAGGGUGUGAACAAUGGUAUGUUGAACACUCAGGGUGUGAACUACGGUAUGUUGAACGCUGAGGGUGUGAACAAUGGUAUGUUGAACACUCACGGUGUGAACAAUGGUAUGUUGAACACUCAGGGUGUGAACAGUGGUAUGUUGAACACUCAGGGUGUGAACAAUGGUACGUUGAACGCUGAGGGUGUGAACAAUGGUAUGUUGAACGCUCAGGGUGUGAACAAUGGUACGUUGAACGCUGAGGGUGUGAACAAUGGUAUGUUGAACGCUCAGGGUGUGAACAAUGGUACGUUGAACGCUGAGGGUGUGAACAAUGGUAUGUUGAACGCUCAGGGUGUGAACAAUGGUAUGUUGAACGCUCAGGGUGUGAACAAUGGUAUGUUGAACGCUCAGGGUGUGAACAAUGGUAUGUUGAACACUCAGGGUGUGAACUACGGUAUGUUGAACGCUGAGGGUGUGAACAAUGGUAUGUUGAACACUCACGGUGUGAACAAUGGUAUGUUGAACACUCAGGGUGUGAACAGUGGUAUGUUGAACACUCAGGGUGUGAACAAUGGUACGUUGAACGCUGAGGGUGUGAACAAUGGUAUGUUGAACGCUCAGGGUGUGAACAAUGGUACGUUGAACGCUGAGGGUGUGAACAAUGGUAUGUUGAACGCUCAGGGUGUGAACAAUGGUACGUUGAACGCUGAGGGUGUGAACAAUGGUAUGUUGAACGCUCAGGGUGUGAACAAUGGUACGUUGAACGCUGAGGGUGUGAACAAUGGUAUGUUGAACGCUCAGGGCGUGAACAAUGGUAUGUUGAACGCUGAGGGUGUGAACAAUGGUAUGUUGAACACUGAGGGUGUGAACAAUGGUGUGUUGAACAGUGAGGGUGUGAACAAUGGUAUGUUGAACGCUGAGGGUGUGAACAAUGGUAUGUUGAACAGUGAGGGUGUGAACAAUGGUAUGUUGAACGCUGAGGGUGUGAACAAUGGUAUGUUGAACACUGAGGGUGUGAACAAUGGUAUGUUGAACGCUGAGGGUGUGAACAAUGGUAUGUUGAACACUGAGGGUGUGAACAAUGGUAUGUUGAACACUGAGGGAGUGAACAAUGGUAUAUAA